UUAAGUUUAGCUCAUGUAAGAAAAUUCUUCCCCUAGGAUAAUCAUAACUCUGAUGUUUGUCUGCUGCAAGUAACAUUAAUUCAAGCACAUCCAAUGGAUAAGCCUUUUUUUGAGUUGGGAAAUAUAUCAGUGCAUGCAACUUUCAACGCUUUUCACUUGUACGUACUUGGUUCCUGACCUGGUAUUCCUCUUGUUAGGUUUAGUCAAUAACCAUCGGCCAUGCUUGGCUAAGCCUAGGACUGACAGUCCUUUUAAUGGUUUUGUCAAUUAAGUUUAGCGAAGGCAAGAAAUAUCUUCUUCCAGAAUAAUCAUAUACAGCUUUGGUGUUUCUCUGCUGAAGAAAUAUUCAAGCUCAUAUUCCAUGGAUAACCUUUUUCGAUUUGGGAAGUACAAUCCAACUUUUCAACGCCUUUCAGCUGUCUACUUGCUUCCUAACUUUCUACCUCCCCCUAGUUUCGUCUAUAAAUAUCGCCAUGCUUCGCUAUGAUUUUAUAGGAAACUUGGUUGUCUAAAAUAGCCAUGGCAUUUUUUGUGUCCUCAAUCAAGAGCAUGCUGUACCGUUUCAUCCAUGAAGACUUCCAUGAAGCUGUCUCUAUGAUGACUAUACUCGAUGCUUUUCUCUUCCUCAUUGUCCACUCGGUUGAUAAGUUGGGCAUAUGGCAUCGGUUACCAGUAUUCUUAGGUCUAUUUUAUCUGGCAAUUCGUCGGCAUCUUCACCAGGAGUACAAUUUGUUCAACGUUGGUAAAUCUCCCUCCGGUGUGCGGUUUAAUCCAGGGGAUUAUCCUUACAGAACAGCUGAUGGAAGAUAUAAUGAACCGUUCAAUGAAGCAGCAGGCAGCCAAGGAAGCUUCUUUGGCAGGAACAUUCUGCCUGUUGAUCAAAAAGAUAAGGUCCUUGAUGCAACCGACUGCCAUGGCUGAUCUCAGUGUGUUGGUGGUUCAGAGCAGUUUGCAUCAACUAACUAAGCAUACGGUUUAUCCUUUCAGACCUGUAAAGUUUAACGCGUUAAUGAAGCCAGAUCCAAUGGUUGUUGCCACAAAACUGUUGGCACGAAGACAAUACAAAGACACUGACAAGCAAUUCAACAUGAUAGCGGCCUCUUGGAUCCAGUUUAUGAUCCAUGAUUGGGUCGACCACCUGGAGGACACCAACCAGAUUGAGUUGAUUGCACCUAAAGCAGUUGCUAGUAAAUGCCCCCUCAGUUCUUUCAAAUUUUACGAGACAAAGUGGUUUCCAACUUGUUCCUAUGAGAUCAAAACUGGCACCAAAAACAUCCGUACACCUUGGUGGGAUGGAAGUGCUAUAUAUGGUAGCAAUGCGGAAAGGUUACAAAAGGUAAGGACUUUCAAAGAUGGAAAGUUAAAGAUCUCAGAAUCUGGGCUACUUGUACAUGACGAGGAUGGGAUUCCCAUAGCGGGAGAUGUUCGGAACAACUGGGCUGGUGUCUCUACAUUGCAGGCCCUAUUCAUUAAAGAGCACAAUGCAGUCUGCGAUGCCCUCAAGAAGGAAUAUCCCGACUUCAAUGAUGAAGAAUUAUACCGUCAUGCAAGGCUGGUAACUUCUGCUGUGAUUGCAAAGAUCCAUACUAUUGACUGGACUGUGGAGCUUCUGAAAACUGAUAUGUUGCUUGCAGGGAUGCGUGCUAACUGGUAUGGCCUACUGGGAAAGAAAUUCAAAGACACAUUUGGGCAUGUUGGGAACGCCUCGUUGGGAGGUUUGGUUGGUCAAAGAAAGCCUGUUAAUCAUGGUGUUCCUUACUCUUUGACUGAGGAGUUUGUCAGCGUCUAUCGAAUGCACCCGCUUCUACCAGAUUUUCUUCAUCUAAGGAACAUCAACGUCCCACCAGGGCCCAAUAAAUCUCCACCUUUGCUUGAGAAGGUUCCCAUGCCAGAUUUGGUAGGCCAUGAAGGCGAAAAGACUUUAUCACAAAUUGGAUUCACCAGGCAAAUAGUUUCAAUGGGGCAUCAGGCUUGUGGUGCACUAGAGCUUUGGAACUAUCCUUCCUGGCUUCGGGACCUUGUGCCGCAAGAUGUUGACGGUAAAGACAGGCCUGACCAUGUGGACUUGGCAGCCCUUGAAAUUUAUAGGGACAGGGAGAGAAAAGUGGCCCGGUAUAACCAAUUCCGCAGGGCUCUGCUAUUGAUACCAAUCAAUAGAUGGGAAGAUCUGACAGAUGAUACAGAGGCCAUUGAAACUCUUAAGGAGGUUUAUGGUGAUGACGUUGAAGUGCUGGACUUGAUGGUGGGCCUCAUGGCAGAGAAGAAGAUCAAGGGUUUUGCCAUCAGUGAGACAGCUUUCAUCAUAUUUCUACUGAUGGCAACCAGGAGGCUUGAAGCAGAUAGGUUUUUCACGAGCAAUUUCAACGAGGAGACAUACACAAAGAAGGGAUUUGAAUGGGUGAACUCUACAGAGAGCUUGAAAGAUGUGCUAGAGCGUCAUUACCCAGAUAUUACAAAGAAAUGGAUCAACGCCAGCUCCACCAGUGCAUUCUCUGUCUGGGACUUACCUCCCAGUGCUCACAGUUGCAUCCCUCUCUAUCUUCGCCUUCCCUCUUGAAGCUCAGCAACUAUAAAACAAAAACUCACCCUGUAAUUCGUAUUGGAGCUAUUCCAUCAGUGUUUUAAUGUAAGACAUCAACUUCUCCAUGCUGUAAACUAAAAUAACAUUGUUUGUGUUUUUUCCUUCUGUAUUGCUAUGUAUCAAUAAAAUUCCAAUGGUUCUUGUACUAAACAAUGGUAAUAUUUGAUCAAGUCAUAAAUUUCACUUCAAUUCAA